AAUUUUGCAACGGAAUUCGGUAAUUAGGGUGGGAAAAAACUGCGCGCUCAUUUCAAAAGAACAAUUUAAUUGAUCUACGAACAAUCAGAGCAGCUUCAAACCUCUGAAGCGAAUCUUUGAAGUUUGAACUGUGUUUGAUCAUUUGACAGUUGAUUUCAUGGCUUCUCGGAUUCCAAGAUUAGCAGCUCUUCGUUCUUUCUCCUCAAUUUCUGCCCUCAUCGGUUGCAAGAGUUACCGCCAACCACUGUUCCCUCCAAGAUCCGGUUUAAUCAAUUCGGCACACACCCACUUCUCGAAGAACCAAUCAGUUUAUAAGCAUUCAUCCUCUGAGAUUGAUUCAACACUAAAAGAUUGCAGUGAGAUUGACCAUGAAGAAUUUCAAAAAUGGGGUAAUGGAGGUGGGACUUUCCAUAAGUCGUCUAGCAUUGAUCCAACGGCAGUCAUAGAGAUUGGUGCAGUAAUACAUGCAGAAUCUGUUGUAGCUGCAAAUGUUCAUGUUGGUUCAGGAUCCAUCAUUGGGCCUGCAGUUACAAUAGGCCAAUCAACAAGAGUAGGGUAUAAUGUUGCAGUCACUAAUUGCACAAUUGGUGAUUUUUGUGUUCUCCACAGCGGUGUCUGCAUUGGACAAGAUGGUUUUGGGUUUUUUGUGGACGAACAAGGAAAAAUGGUGAAGAAGCCUCAAAAUCUGAAUGUGACAAUAGGAGCCCAUGUGGAGAUAGGGGCAAAUACAUGCAUUGACAGAGGCAGUUGGAGGGAUACUGUAAUUGGGGAUCAUUCAAAGAUAGAUAACUUGGUUCAGAUAGGUCACAAUGUAGUUAUUGGGAAGAACUGCAUGCUCUGUGGACAAGUUGGAAUUGCCGGCUCAGUAACCAUAGGUGACUAUGUAACUAUGGGGGGAAGAGUUGCAAUUCGUGAUCAUGUAUGCAUUGCCUCAAAGGUCAGGCUAGCAGCUAAUAGUUGUGUCACCAAGGAUAUAAAUGAGCCAGGGGAUUAUGGCGGCUUCCCUGCUGUUCCUAUUCGUGAAUGGCGAAGACAAGUUGCUACCCAUCGCCAGUCCCUGAAGUAGGGAUCCAUUAGGUCAGAACACUGAUUAAACUCUCUGCAAUGCUUUCCAUGUUCAUCCUUCAGAUACCAAGAAUUCUACAACAGAUCAUCACAACAUUACUUCUGUCAGGUUAGGCAUCGAAAUCUCGAAUCCCAACAAGGGUAUGAGCAUAUACUACAGCGACAUCUACUUCACUAUGAACCACAAUGGAAUUGUUGUCGCAAAGAAUUCCACCCCGGGCUUCUAUCAGCCGUGCAAGAAUGAUACUACGAGGGCAGUGGAAAUGAAAUUAGCUGACCUGCAGUUUUUGCAGCAGAUUAUAGGUGGAAAUGUAAGUUUCAAGAUUGGCUUGGAGACGACGGUUCAGUAUAGGAUAUUCAAGUGGAAAACAAAGCAUCAUAAGAUGGAUUAUGAAGCUUAUGUAUACAAUGUGACAGUUAAUGGAACUGAUUUAGGACAGAACGGCACUGUCUUGAAGAAAACCGUAUUCUAAAGAUUUGUCUAAAGAUUAAAGCCAAAAGCAUGCAUGCAUGUUAGUUUAUCCUGUUUCUUUAUGAAUCAGACCUCAAAAAAGUUCAGAAAAGAGAUUUUGUUGUGUAUAUCUCAUAUGUACUGCAGGAUGAUAAUUAAAAAACAACUUCAUGUAAAUCUUUACUUUCUGGCAUUAUUUUCGAUUCUUGUUUGGUUUAUCUCAACAGAUUUAUUAUUGUUUUGA